AUGUGGUCAGGUACUGAUUCAAGCGGAGUUCUUUGGAUUUGUUUGGGCUUAGGAGUAAUUUUAAUGCUUACUCUGUUCACCUUAAUGGUCUUGUUUAAAUGGAAGCACCUAAAGCAACUAAAAGAAAAAAUGAAAACCACAGACUCUUCUGUGGAGCUGAAUAAUAUUCUCAAGGCUAAUACUGAAAGCAGUGUGAAUACAGAAGGAAUUAGACACUCACUUCAAAGUGAAACAUUAAUGUAUUCGGUGGAAGAAUGCACUUGCAGUGACUGUGGCUUGGUAAAACCUCAGACUGGCUGUGAAACUUCAUUCCCAUUACCAGCUACAGAAGAAGGAGCUACUGUUCUAGUUACCACAAAAUCUUUUGAUUACUGCAACUAUAUUCUGGGUGCUGGGGGACUAUGA